AUGGAUCAAGAUCACGAUCAUAUGCACAUGUCGCCACCGCCGGCGAACUCCACCGGGAUGUCACCCAUGCACCACAUGGAGAUGAUGAUGCACAUGACAUUCUACUGGGGCAAGGAAGCCGAGAUUCUCUUCUCUGGCUGGCCCGGAGCUCGCAGCGGCAUGUACGCCUUAGCCUUGAUCGUCGUCUUCGUUAUGGGCAUCAUCGUGGAGUGGCUUUCCUAUUGCCGGCUGAUCAAGCCUGGGUCGACCCAUGCAGCCGCAGGGCUGGUUCAGACGCUGCUGCACACUAUUCGGAUUGGUCUGGCGUAUAUGGUGAUGCUGGCUCUGAUGUCCUUCAAUGGCGGAGUGUUUCUGGUGGCGGUGGCCGGACACGCAGUGGGGUUUUUGGUUUUCGGGAGUAGGGUUUGCAGGGGGAGUGAAAUGGUGUCGUUGGAGAAGACCUCUGAUCUUCCUUAAUGAGUCGCUGAUCAGUUGAAUUGGGUUGGAAUUCAAUUACAAAUGGCAGUGUACUAUUGUACGUACGUGGAACUUUAUAAUUAACCUAUUUCUACUGCGUCUGUGUAAGGACGGAAAUAAUGAAAUUCUAGGGCUUAUACUGUAUGUUCUUGUCUUGUCAUAUGAUGACUUAUGAUUCUC